UACGCCGAAGAGAGCGUACCCCCACGCUACUUCUCCGCUUUUGACGGACUACGGUUUCCUUUUCCGGCAGAGACCACGUCGCCCUUCGCGUGUUGCCCGCUGUCUGUAGUGGAAGGUCGGUGUGAUCUUAAAACGUCACCAUGGUUGCCCAAAAGAAACAGAAAAAGGCUCUAGAGAGCAUCAACAGCCGAUUGGCGUUGGUCAUGAAGAGUGGAAAGUACGUCCUUGGACUGAACCAGACCCUGAAGUCCCUCCGUCAGGGAAAGGCCAAGCUUGUCAUCAUUGCCAACAACACUCCUCCACUAAGGAAAUCUGAGAUCGAGUACUACGCCAUGCUUGCCAAGACUGGUGUUCACCACUACACUGGAAACAACAUUGAGUUGGGUACAGCCUGCGGAAAGUACUUCAGGGUAUGCACACUGUCCAUCACUGACCCUGGUGACAGUGAUAUCAUCAGAACUAUGCCUUCUGGAGACCCUCAGUAAAUGAAGAGUUGGCGUGGCUUUUUUUAUACUUGACCUUGUGAACAUUUCUCGAUUUGUAUUUCUUCUAAUAAAGGAAUGUGCAUUUGGCCAAAAUGAA